AUGAAUCCAUUCCCAGAUGAGAUCAGUUUAGACAUUCUCUCCAGAUUACCCUUUGAUUCAGCAUUAGAUUGCCAACGGGUAUCCAAAUUAUGGUGCAAAACUAUUCGAAACCCUACAUAUGCUCAGAUUCACCUUCGUCAGCAACAACUCGAAGGGGCUCAUUCCGAUGAUAAGGUCAGUUUUCUGUUUUUAACUAUAGUGGAAAAGAGUAGACUCUAUUAUGGAGAGUACGAUGAGAAUCGAAUAGGAUCAUUUAUGGAAGUAAAGACGGUUAAUCAUCCUAAAAUUCAAAAGCGUUUUGGUACAAAUUCUAUGGUUGGGUCUUGUAACGGUUUGGUUUGUUUCUCUAAAUCUUUUGCACACCAUAUUGAUGACCCUGUAUAUCCCUGCGCUGGAGAAUUAGUAUUGCUUCCAGAAUUCACAGUCGCUAGUAACAAGAAGAAUGUUACACAUUCUUUGGAUGGUUGCAUUGUGAGUGGGUUUGGCUACAAUCCUGACAGUAAUGAAUAUAAAGUUGUUAGGAUCUAUUAUGCCGACCCGCCACGGAGCUUAAACCAACCUAAGGAUCAAGUUCAGAUUUAUACUCUUGGUAGUGGAAUUGGGUGGCGAAACAUAGGAGAAUGUCCUUACAUGUUGCAGCGUUUCAAGCAUUCACGUUCCGUCCUUGUAUGCUGUGACCCUUCUUCAGAUGACAUAAGUGAGAUUUAUAUUCCAUCUCGGGGUAUACUUGCGAAUGGUGUCCUUUAUUGGCUGGAUGAGGCGUGGAAUGUUGUAUCCUUCGCCUUAGUAGGUGAGAGGUUCAGUUUGCUCCCAUCACCACCUUGUUUUCGCCCUGGUGAGAAAAACUUUUAUACACUGCAAGUUUUGGGAGGGUGUUUAUGUGUUGUGAAUGAUCAUGCUGGUAAAAGUCUUGACAUAUGGUCAUUCAAGAAGGAUAAUAGUGAAUGGGAAAAUAUGUUUAGCCUAUCAUGUCGGUCAAGUGGGUUUAUUGAUGUGUAUUGGCCAAUUUCCCUCACAUUGAGUGGUAAACUUCUGCUGCGGUCUAACUAUAAGACUCUCGUGUGUUAUGAUCCUCAAACCAGAGAAUUUAAAGAACUUGUGGAUCUUGACACAGAUAUGGUAUCUGAACCAAUGGCUUAUCCUUUGAUUGAGUCAAUACGGCACAUCAACAGCUUUGUUUCAUUGAAAGCUCUUGGAGAGAAGUCUGAGACAAUGGUGAAAGCCAUGUAUUUUGAUGAUUACGAUACAGCCAGCGAUGAUGAUACAACCAGCGAAUAA